CCAUCCCUUCUCCCCACCCCCCCUCCAAAAAAAAAAAGCAAAAACCCCUGAAUUUCUCUCAUUAUUAUCUUUCGUUUUUCUAAUCUAUUUCUUCUCUUAUUGAUUUCCUUCGUGAGAGCAAAAAAACAAUGGCCCAAAGAGCCGAGAACGAAGAAACGGAGUUCAAGGUACCAGAAACGAUGACGCUUUGCGUCAACGAUUGUGGCGUUACAGGAAAUCCGGCCACCAACAACAUGUGUCAGAAUUGCUUCACCGCCGCCUCCGUCGCCGUCGCCAGUUCCCAGACGUCGAGAUCCGCGCCGUCGCGUUCGUCGAACAAGCGAUCCGAAUGUUCACCGCUGAAAACGGCGCCGUUUUUACGGACAUCGGGGACGGAGAAGAAGGUUGUGAACCGGUGUUCCGGUUGCAAGAGGCGAGUCGGUUUGACCGGGUUCCGGUGUCGAUGCGGCGAGCUUUUCUGCGUCGAUCAUCGGUAUUCGGAUCGACACGAUUGCGGCUACGAUUACAAGACGGCGGGACGCGAGGCGAUCGCGAGGGAGAAUCCGGUGGUUAAAGCGGCAAAGAUAAUCAAAGUCUGAAUCGUUUUCUCUCGGAAAUCUUAGCUAAGCUUCUGAGAUCGAUGCUCGAUCUCAAAGAUUGUUUCAAAAGAUCAAAUCAAUAGAUUCACGUCAAGAU